GUCACUAAGGGAAUCUUAGAUGAGAAGAAAAUUACCGAAUACAUUAUGUGCUAUUGCACAUGGAAAGGGGAUUUCUCUCCCAGUGUUUAUUCAAUAGUAGUCGAACGUAAUGGACUUCUUUGACGGUAGUCACUAUAGAAUCAAUAAAGUUUUAUUAUCCUUUAUCGGCCAGUGGCCUUAUCAAACGAUCAGUCGAAGAAAUAUCACUUUAUCAAUCUUAUUUUUACUAGCCGGCACACAAAUGAUAGCCAAGAUGUGUGCUUUAAUAACUUCGUUUCAUGAUAUAGAUGUUUUAUUGGAAAACUUGGCUCCUUUCAUAGUCGAUUUAGGUGGUAUAAUUAAAAUAAUAAAUUGUGCGCUUAAAACGGAGAAGAUGAAGAUACUCAUCGACCGCAUUCAAACAGAUAUUAUUUCAUAUACUAAAGCUGGAGAAGUAAAUAUUCUAAAAAAAUAUGCUAAAGAUGGAAGAAGGUUUACCAUCAUAUACGCAGGCUUUUUAUACGCGGCAAUGGUAAUAUUUAUGAUCACACCAUUGAAGCCAGUUAUUUUUAAUACCUUAAACGAAACAAGCGAACGACCAUUGAUACAUCACGUUGAAUAUUUCGUAGAUACUCAAAGAUAUUAUUAUUUUAUUAUUCUUCACUCUUAUGUAACCAUUGUAAUUUGCGUUUCUACGAUCGUUGCUAUUGAUACAAUGUUUCUGAUUUUCAUACAGCAUGCUUGCGGAUUAUUUUCAACAAUAGGGUAUCAACUUCAUCAUGUGGCAGACAAUGAGACUUUCGAUUUUGACAUAAAUCCUUCUAUAAAGCAUGAUAAAUCUUAUAAAUAUAUGGCCGAAUGCGUUUAUAGACACAAAAAAGCAAUAGAGUUCGUAGUUUUGUUUGCCGACCUUAUGGAAUCCUAUUAUUCCACAUCUUUCUUUCUGCAGGCAGGACUCAAUAUGAUUGGGAUGAGUAUUACAGGCCUGCAGGCCGUUACAUAUAUGGAUGAAACAAGCAAGUUUCUUCAACAAUUGGCAUUCUCUUAUGCUCAAUUAGCUCAUCUCUUUUUUGAAAGUAUAAAUGCUCAACGUCUUAUGGAUCAUAGUGAUCGCAUGAUUGAAUAUCUAAUAAAUGUUGAAUGGUAUCAAACUUCGAUUAGAACGAGAAAAGUUAUUAAUUUUAUGUUAAUUAGAUCACGAGUACCUUGCACAUUAACUGCAGCAAAUAUGUUCGUCAUAUCUAUGGAAACUUUUAGUACAGUAAGAAAUAAUUCAUUUUUCGAUAAUACGAUCUCAGUUAUUAGAUUUAUAAUAUAUAUUUUCUUUUCUUUUUCAAGAUUGUCCGUACAUCAAUGUCAUACUUCACUAUUUUGCGCUCAAUGCAAUAAAUUUUUGAACAUUAUAAACAUGUAUAAUAUAGAUUUUAAAUGA